CGCUCCCGCUCCCGCUCCGGCUCCGGGCCCUGGCUGGGGGGGGGGGGGGUGGCUCUAACCCUCGGCGCCGGGGACUCCGGGAGGCGCCAGUAGCGGCGGCAGUGGCUCUGCGGAAACUUUGCCCCCCGGCCGGCCGGCCGGCGCUCUGCCGCCAGCCCAGAGCCCAGCACCCAGCCUCGCCGCCUCCUCCUCCACCCCCCUUUGUGUGCCCCGCCCCGGAGGCGGUGGCGGCGGGCAGGCUGAACCACCUUCGUUCCACUUCAUCCUGGUUCCUGGAAGAGAAACCCCACCCCCACUGAGAAGCCCUCCCCUCCCAUUACCAGCCAGCAGUCCCCCGUUCCCCACCCAGCCUCCUUACCUGGUGCCCCUGGCACCGCCUCAGGGAGGGUGAAGGACGGCACCUAGGGUCAGAAUGCUACCAUCCCAGGAGGCUGCUGCUGGUGUCCUUCCCCGCAUCCCAGGCCCCGGCGAGUGGGAAAGUGGCCCCCAGCUGUGCCAGACCCCGGUGGGUCAUAGGAGGUGAAGAGCAGCCGAGCUUGUAAGGAAGCCUGGUGGACGGCGGCAGCUCAACUCUUUGGCUUCAGGUGUGGAGGCCCUUCCCUGAAGUGUCGGCAGCGGGUCCUAUGUCCCCCCCUCUGGCAGUGCUAUGAGCCAUUUUCAGAUGCCAGUUCCCAUCCAGCAGGAGCCCCCGGGCCUUCCCAACUUCCCUCAGGGCAAAGUCAUGCCGGGGAGCUUCCGAGGGGCCGGGCUCCCCGUCGGGGUGGCAGGGAGCACAGAGCAGCAGCCCGGGGGGUUUGGAGAUGGCCGCAAGAAGCGCAAGCGCUGUGGGAUGUGUGAGCCCUGUCGGAGACUGGAGAACUGUGGGGCGUGUACCAGUUGCACCAACCGGAGGACCCACCAAAUUUGCAAACUUCGCAAGUGUGAGCUGCUGAAGAAGAAAGCCAGCCUGCUCAAGGAGGUGGAGAUAAAGCCGGGGGACGGGGCCGCCGCGGAGCCUUGGGGACAAGCCACCGCCGUGGCAAUCAAGACAGGCUUGGAGGGAAGCCCAGUUGAUGGACCCGUCCCAGGCCGGAUGGACCCAGGGCCAGUGUACCAUGGGGAGGAACGGCGGCUGAACACUCCCAGGGCCCCAGUCAAUGGGGCCGGAGAACCGGCUGGGCCGGGACUACUGGGGGUUGGGGGAGUAUGGCAGGUCAACCAGAAGCCUGAUUGGGAACCUUCCCCCAGCCCCGCUCAUGCUGCCCACCCAGAAGAUGCCCAUGACCUCGUGGCCUUCUCGGCGGUGGCCGAAGCCGUCUCUUCCUACGGGGCCCUCAGCACUCGCCUUUAUGAGACCUUCAAUAGGGAGAUGAGCCGGGAGGGUGGCGGCAACCUCAGUGGCCCUCAACCUGGCCCCGAAAGCUAUUCUGCGGGGGGAGAGGACCUGGACACCCUUCAGACGGCCCUGGCACUGGCCCGCCACGGUAUGAAGCCACCCAAUUGCAACUGUGAUGGGCCCGAGUGUCCUGACUACCUCGAGUGGCUGGAGGGAAAGAUCAAAUCUGUAGCUGUGGGGGGAGGGGAAGACCGGUCUCGGCCUCCAGAGUCGUUGCCUCCAAGUGAAGUGGGCCUCCCUGCUGCACCUGGGCCCCUCCAUCCUGGUGAAGUGGGCCUCCCUGCUGCAUCCGGGCCCCUCCAUCCCAAUGAAGUGGGUCUCCCUGCUGCACCCGGGCCCCUCCAUCCCGGUGAAGUGGGCCUCCCUGCUGCACCCGGACCCCUCCAUCCCGGGGAUGUGGGCCUCCCUGCUGCACCCGGACCCCUCCAUCCCGGGGAUGUGGGCCUCCCUGCUCCUGGGCCCCUUCAUCCCGGUGAAGUGGGCCUCCCUGCUUCUGGGCCCCUCCAUCCUGCUGAAGUGGGCCUCCCUGCUCCCGGGCCCCUCCAUCCUGGUGAUGUGGGCCUCCCAGCUCCUGGGCCCCUCCACCCUGCUGAAGUGGGCCUCCCUGCUCCUGGGCCCCUUCACCCUGCUGAAGUGGGCCUCCCAGCACUGGGCCCCGGGACCCUUCUCAGCCCUGACGCUCCCCAGCUGCACUCGCCCAAUGGUCUGCCACUUUCGGAGAGUGCCCUAAACAUCGCCAAGGAGAAAAACAUCAGCCUGCAGACAGCCAUCGCCAUAGAAGCCCUCACCCAGCUCUCCUCCACCCUGCCCCAGCCAUCUCCCUGCCCACAGUCCAAGGCCUUAUCCCCAAAUCCUGCUUUCCGACCUCCUCAGUCCUACCUUCGGACCUCCCCGUGGCCUGUGGGCCCCCCGGAAGAGCCUCAGUCUUGUGCUCCCGAGAGUUCUGCCUUCCCUCCGGUAGCCCCCCGCACUGAGUUUCCCGAGGUCUGGGGCCCAGAGAACCCCCCAGUGGCACCUUGCGCCUCCUGGCCUGUCCCCCGCACCGGUCCUGACCCCAUGGCUGAACUGGAGCAGCUUCUGGGUGGCUCCAACGACUACAUCCCCUCAUCUUUCAAACGGCCCGAGGCCCUGCCCACCAAGCCCAAGAUCAAGGUGGAGCCCCGCUCCCCCCCUGCGCCCACGCCCAGUCCCCGGAAGGAGGCGCCCACUCCGUCCUCAGAUCCCGACACCCACCGAAAGGUCCAGUCGACCCUGCAACAGCACCUGCAUCACAAGCGCAGCCUCUUCCUCGAGCAGAACCAGAACGGUGGCUGCCCCAGGGCCUCCUCGGUGCCCCCCACCCGGGGCUGGUGGGCCCCUCCGAUUCCCGGGACCCCUCGACCCCUGGACAAACCAGCCAAGGAGAAGAAGAAGAAACAGCUGACUGCGGUCGGUGGCCUGGUGGGGGGUGAAAAACGGGCCCUGGGUCUCAAGACGGUCACCAGGAAGAUAGUGCAAAUUAAGAAGCCCAAGGUCCGUGACUCUCACCCUCGCUUCCUGCCUGUCCGCCAGAUCAACCUGGAAGUGUUGAGGAGCCCCACUCCGGGGGCCCCGAAGGCAGGCGUCACCCCUCCUCUGCCUGCCUGCAGGGGCGCCUCCGUGCCCGCAGCCCCAGCCCCUCCCCAUGCAUUAUUUGCACCAGGUCCCUCUGGGGGUAGCCUUCUGCCCCCUACUCAGGAAAUGGCUUGUCCCAGCCUCGCCGCCGCCCUGCAGUCCAGCCCCACUGUCCCCCUGGUCCCGGCCGAUGACAAGCUGGAGGAGCUGUUCCAGCAGUUUGAAGCCGAGUUCGGGGACAACUUCGGCCUUGCGGCCGCACCCCCAGCCCCUGCCUGCUCCCCCGAGCAACUGGCCUCCUGCGUCCUACGCCCCGAUAGCCCCUUUUCGGGGCGGUCCCGCAAACAGAUGAAGAUCGAAGCCUCAGGUUCUGUGGCUGUGAUUUCUACCACCUGCCUGGAAGCAGAGGAAGGAGGCCUGGAGACCCCCAUCAAGCAGGAGCACACAGCCACUCCCAAUCUCCGGGGCUUCUUGGAGUCUCCUCUCAAGUACCUGGACACCCCCACCAAGAACCUGCUGGACACCCCCUCCAAGAGAGCUCAGGCCGAGUUCCCCGUCUGUGAGUGUGUUGAGCAAAUAGUGGAGAAAGAUGAAGGUCCAUAUUACACCCAUCUGGGGGCUGGGCCCUCUGUGGCAGCCAUCCGAGAGCUGAUGGAGGACCGGUAUGGAGAGAAGGGGAAAGCGAUCCGCAUCGAAAAGGUUGUUUAUACCGGCAAGGAAGGGAAGAGCUCCCGGGGCUGUCCCAUCGCCAAGUGGGUCUACCGGCGAUACACUGAAGAGGAGAAACUGCUUUGCUUGGUUCGCCAUCGCUCAGGGCACCGCUGUGAACAGGCCGUCAUCAUCAUUCUCAUCAUGGUCUGGGAGGGCAUCGGCCCGGAACUGGGGGACACCCUGUAUCGGGAGCUGACGGAGACACUGCGCUGCUAUGGGAACCCCACCACCCGGAGAUGUGGCCUCAAUGAUGACCGAACCUGCGCAUGCCAGGGAAAAGACCCGUCCACCUGUGGUGCCUCCUUUUCCUUUGGGUGCUCUUGGAGUAUGUAUUUCAACGGCUGCAAAUAUGCCCGGAGCAAGUAUCCUCGAAAGUUCCGACUCUCUGGGGACAAUCCUGUAGAGGAGGAAAACCUUCGGAAACACUUUCAGAAUCUGGCCACUCAGGUCGCCCCCCUGUACAAGAAGCUUGCUCCCCAGGCCUAUCAAAAUCAGGUGAACAAUGAAGAAGAAGCAAUAGACUGUCGUUUGGGACUGAAGCCAGGCCGGCCUUUCUCAGGGGUCACAGCCUGCAUGGACUUCUGCGCUCACGCCCACAAGGAUCAGCACAACCUGUACAAUGGCUGUACUGUGGUGUGCACACUGACCAAGGAGGACAAUCGCCUUGUGGGCCAGAUCCCCGAGGACGAGCAGCUGCACGUUCUCCCGCUCUACAAGAUCGCGAACACGGAUGAGUUUGGCAGCGAGGAGAACCAGAGGGCCAAGAUGGCCAACGGGGCCAUCCAGGUGCUGACCGCCUUCCCCCGAGAGGUCCGCCGGCUCCCCGAGCCCGCCAAGUCCUGCCGGCAGCGACAGCUGGAAGCUCGCAAGGCGGCGGCGGAGAAGAAGAAGCUCCAGAAGGAGAAGCUGCUCACUCCGGAGAAGAUCAAGCAGGAAGCCUUAGACAUCCCGGAGCUGCUCCAGCCCGAUCCAGGUCUCUCUUUGAAGAAUGGGUUGUCCCAGCAAGCUCUGAAGCCUUCCAUCAAGGUUGAGCCCCCAAAUCACUACAGUUCCUUCAAGUACAACGGCAACUCAGUGGUGGAAAGCUACUCGGUGUUGGGCAGCUGCCGGCCCUCGGACCCCUACAGCGUGAGCAGCGUUUACUCUUGCCACUCCUACUAUGCACAGCCCAACCUGAGCCCCAUCAACGGCUUCCACUCCAAGUUCGCCAUCCCGUCCUUCGGCUACUACGGCUUCUCCCCCGGCAGCUCCGUCUUCCCCUCCCAGUUCCUCAACUACGGUGCCAACGGCCGGGGCCCCAGCGGCUGGGGAGGCCCCAUCGGGGUUUUCGACAAGAAGCCGGAUCUCCAGGCCCUGCAGAGCAGCCUGAGCCAGCCGUACGGCGGCCCUGAGUUUGCCGAGCUGCCGGGCCCGGCCGUCGGCGGCGACGGCCACCACACACCUCACCACCAGCCUGCCUAUCCGGGCCCCAAGGAGUACCUGCUCCCCAAGGGCCACCGGACUCACCCCGCGGCCACGGCCCCCUCCCCCUUUGCACAGAGCGGCCCCUGCUUCGGUCAAGUCAUCAAGCAGGAGCCGUGCGACCGGCUGCCCCAGGCCGAGCCCCUCCCAGGGGUCCCUGGGAACAUGGGCAAGCCCCCCAUCCCCGAGGCCUCCCAGAAUGGGACCAAGGAGCACCUGUGGGGGGGUGCCCACCCAGGCAGUCAGAGUGCUUCUCCCAAAAGGACUAAUGGCGUGACUGGGGCCUGGGGCCUGUUUGCCCCCGGAGAAAGUCCCGUCCUCUCUGACAAACUGGGGUCUUUUGGUGCUAGCUGCCUGCCAGCGUCCCGUCUCUCGGACGGCCAGUGGGGCCUGUUCCCUGCCGAAGGGGGGCAGCCACCCCAGCAGCCCCCGCUGGGGCCUCCCAACGGAGCCAGCCUGCUGAGCAAGGCCUGGAGCCCCUGCAAGUUCCGGGAUAGUACUUCCACCUUAAACGGGCCCAGCCUGGCGGAGAAGCCCUGGGGUGUGGCGCCGGACUUCGGCCCGGCUCUCAAAGGAGCCCCAGGCUACCCCGAGAAGCUCUGGGGGCCCGUGAAGGGGGACGAGGGGCGGACUCCCACGCCUGCGGGGGGCCUGCCGGAGAAAGCCUGGCCCUCUUUUGGCAUGGCCCUGGGUUCUGGGACCCUGAAGCCCGAGGAGAAGCUGUGGGAUUCCUUGAAUCUGGGGGAGGUGCCUGCCGAGGCCCCCUCGAACAAGGGGGCGGUGAAGGCGGAGGAGGGCGGCGGAGGUGGAGGCGGCGGCGGCAGCGGGGUCGGCCCCAAGGGCAACAGCGCCGUGGAGGAGGAAGACGAGCUGUGGUCCGACAGCGAACACAACUUUCUGGACGAAAACAUCGGCGGCGUGGCUGUGGCCCCCACCCACGGGUCCAUCCUGAUCGAGUGCGCCCGGCGCGAGCUGCACGCCACCACGCCCCUCAAGAAGCCCAACCGGUACCAUCCCACCCGCAUCUCGCUGGUGUUCUACCAGCACAAGAAUCUCAACCAGCCCAACCACGGCCUGGCCCUCUGGGAGGCCAAGAUGAAACAGCUGGCUGAGAGGGCCCGCGCCCGGGAGGAGGCGGCGCGGCUGGGCCUGAGCCACCCCGAAGUCAAGCCCUACGGGAAGAAGCGCAAGUGGGGGGGCGCGGCUGCCCCCGAGCCCCAGCAGGAGGAGCAGAAGAGCCCGAUCCCGACUCGCCACGGGCCGGUCAUCACCACCGACUCGGUGGUCACGGUCUCCUCCUAUGCCUACACGAAAGUGACCGGGCCCUACAGCCGUUGGAUCUAAAGCGGGGAGCCGCCUUACCUCAGCGUCCACGGCAACGAAGCCCGGGCCGCCAUCGCGGUGCUUUUCCUCGCCCCCCGGGCCGGAGAGCCGGGCUGGGCAGAAAUACUUAGAUAUGUAUAUGUCGCCACCACCCCCACAUAUAUGUACGGAUACUUCUGCCCCGGCACCAGCCUCCCCGGAGCGCCCCCUUCUUUCCUCUCCUCCCCUGGCACUUUGAGGAAGAGACUGUGGCUGUUGGGUGUUUUUCAGUAAUCUUAGUAUUUAUAUCUCCACGUUGGGUUUUUUCCCUUGGUCGGGGACUUCAGUUUUAUUUUUAAGAAUCUGUCCUUGUGUAUGACAAGAAUGGAAGAAAAGUUUAUAGCAUCCUUUCACAAAGGAGUGGUUUUUAAUUGCCAUUUAAAAUGUGUAUUUAUUGGAUUUUUUUUUUUUUUAAACAAAAGGAACAAUGAUGACGAUAACCUAGCCGGCAAGAAAAGCCAGAAUUCCAGACAGCUUCUGUUCCCGUCUGGGAGGUCUCUGCCGGGAGGGGAGCGCUCGCGUCGCCCGCUCCCCUAACCUUACCUGGACCCUCCCGAGCCGACCCACCGCUCGUCCGUGUCUCUCAACCCAAGUGCAGAUGUUCGAGCACCGCAUCCUCUCCCUCUGGCAGACACGUGCUUCUGUGGCUCUGGGGGAAGCCGGGCCAUCCGGGACCGCCCUGGGCGCUCUCGGGCAGGACGGGGAGUCCGCCAGGGGUCCCUCCGUGGGCUUCUCCGUCCCCUGCCCUCCACCCGAGAGAUGCUGAGGUCGGCUGCUUCAGAAACCAGGCUGGAAGUAGACACGUUUCAGGCCUGCUAGUCUCCACACUGAAUCUUCUUUGUCCGUUAUUUAGCAAGUCCCGUUUUGUCCCCGGUCACCAGGUCGCGCCCGGAGAUGGAGCUGCGGUUGCGGUGGAGAAAGGAUGCUUCUUCCCGACAGCCACUUCAGCUGCAGCGCGCAACUACUUGACGUGAUACUUGGGGGCUGAAGGAAUCUGUCGAAAUCUUAACAGCAGUUUUAAAACGAAAUCCAACCAAUAAGAACCCCCUUCCCUCGUGAUCUAUGCUAAUAUGGAAAAAGGGCUACUGUAUCUUAAACAAAAAAAGGCAAACACAAACUGUGAAUAGUUGCUCUGUGUAUAUCACUGUUGCAAAGUCUGGUGCUGUCUUGGAUUUUGCUUUUGACUCUCCGGUCCGAGAGAGCUGGGCAAACCGGAAUAACAUAAAAGCAACUCGGAGAUCCUCAUUUCCUGGAUUUUUACAUUGGACUUUGGUGCACGCGGGACCCUCGAACCACCUGCUCUGCUUCGGCCCCCAGGGGUCCAUGGGAGGUGGAAGAGGGUCAUUCCUUACAGAUGCAAAUUCAACUGGUUGCUACUUUGAGGUUUCUUUUCCAGCUGGUGCCAUCUCCCUCUGAAAACAGCCCUCCUUCUCUCCCUCCCUCCUUCCUUUUCCUGUCUCCUUCCUCUUCCUCCAUUCCUCCUCCUUCCAAAUGAAAGAAAAAAAAAAAAAACAAACAAACACAUCCUUCAGUUUUCCCUUUUAAAACUGGUGCAUUCAAACAGCUCAUUGAAACCAGAAGUUUCAAGUGUUCAUUUGAAACAAUAGGUGCUUACUUUUUUUGCAACUUUGUGGAGAGCCUGCAAAAAGUGGUUGGGACCCACGGGUGAACAAGCUAUCGAUCUGUAACAAACCAGACUCCUGGGGGAGGGGGUGUGAAUUUCUGUGGUAUUAGCUCAACUUGCCUGGCGCUAGCUAGCUCUCCCUCCCGGCCCCCUUUGUCCCCCCAGUCCCCCUCACCCCAUUCGGGCAGAUGCAGGUGGGUGGGGCCGGUCGCCCCUCACCUGGCUGCCUCCAUCCAUCAGCCCACCUGUGGACCUGGCCCCCUCCCCACGGGUGAACCCUCAGAGAAUUCAGUCAAGUCCUUUUUUCAGCGCAACUGCAGCUGGCAGUGGGUGACAGUCUGUUCCUAUCCGGACAAAACCAGAUGGAUGCUACGGUCCAAUUCCCGCACUUCUAGGUGCCUUUCCCCCGAGAGCUGAGAACUGAAUCCAAUCCUUUGUUUACUGAAAUGUUCCUGGAGCACUGGCAGAGAACCUCUGUGAGCCGGCCGAGGGAGCAUUGGCGUGGUCUGAUUUUAACUGUAAAUAGUGAAAGAUUUUUUUAAAGCACUUUCACCUAGAUUUAAAUAGCAACUUGAAAAAAAAAAAAAAAAGCAGUAUGUUUUAACAGAUGAUAACGGGAGACCUGUAAAUAGUAGCUGUGUACUUAACGUGCUUUUUGUCCACCUUUUUUUAAAAAAAAAAAACAGAAAAAAAGAAAGAAAGAAAGAAACCAUAAUCCAUAACAAUUCUUUUACAGGAUAAGAAUGAGUGCUUUUGAAAUCAAUACCCAAGAGCCUAUCAGGAUUGAGGAUGGUUCCAGACUCAGAUUUAUAGGAAAUCCUGGGCACUUCUCGGUGCAACGUGACAAAAGCCUUUAAAGGAUUGGCCAAUGCUGAGCAUGCUAAUUUUGUAAUUUUGAGGAACCAGCUGGGGCUGAGCGGUCCUUUGGAUGCUAGCUUGCUUUGUUGCAUCAGUAGACUCUCGCAGGUCUCGUUCAACUCCGGACUUAGGUAGACAGAUGCAGGGGUGCCUUGAAAACUUCAUUUUAAAAUCUCUCUGAGAGCGAGUUGACUAUUUUUAAGGAACACUUUGAAAAUGUGACCUUCUGUUUGACCUUUACACAUCCCAGGUGUGGGGGGCGGCUGCUGGGAUGGCUUUGGAAGGCGUUUCCAGUACGACCAAGGGGAUUCCCACAAAUGGCAUAUGUGACUUACUCUUCCUGAUGUUGCUUCUCCUUUGGGCUCACCGACCCGGUGGCAGAAUCCCAAGGGGAAUGGUGUC